AUGAACAAAUUAUCUUUAUUACUUUUGGGACUUGCCAUGCUCCUCUGUGUUUCCGCAGACUCUAUUCAAUUUUGUGGUGUUUGUAGUAGUGGAGCUCUUUUAGGUUGCGGUUCAUCAGGUCAACAGACUUGUGUUACAAUUCCUGUUGGAACAUGUUAUACAUUCAAUGAUAUCUGUACCGGUGCUCCAUUGAUAUCUGCUUAUUACAUUUCAAGUAUAUCGAAUUCUAUUGUCUAUGGUAAAGGUUAUGAGAAUAUGAGUGAUUGUUCCAAUGGAACUGGAAGAAGUACUCCCAUUGCCCAACCCUGUGGAGAUUGUAAUGAAGGUACCACUGUAUCUUGCAGCACUUCCUCUACCUCAAUUUCUGGUAAUAUAGAUACCACCUCGGUUUCAACAACUGCUUUCCCACACAAUUCUGGUAAUAUUCAAGUUGUUUCUUUUGGACGAGGGAGACUACCCUCUAAAUAA